GAUAAAGUAAAAACAAGUAUGUAAUAGUUAAUCUGAUGCCAUUGUAUAAAACAAAUGGAAGAACAGUAUUUUAGAAGCUAUUGUAGCUGUACUGGUGUGGUAGCUGUGGAAACGGAAAAGAAUCAGUGGUUAUGAGAGUCAGACUUGCUGAAUUACUGCUACAAGAUCCAGGAAAGGAGUGUCAAAGAUGAAAUUCCAAGAUUUUGAGCUUCAAUACUGGACAAUUACAUUCUUUAAUUCAUUCAUUUAUUGGACCAGUCUGUGUUUUUUAUCAAGGUAGGAAGCUCCGGAUGAGGAGUAUUCUCACCCAAGCAGAUCCACAACCUCCUUUGCCCUGCUUAGUCUUAAAAUUGCCUGAGGCACUGAAUGGGAUUACUAGCCUAGGAAAAGUAGAGCCAUCAACAGCAUUAUUUUCACCUUGACAAUAAGUAGACCACCAGUAAUCUGCUGAUUGCACUGUGAGAACCACUGAUCUAGUGCAGUACCCAUGGUAUGGGAACUUAGUUAAUUUUAAUGGAUGAUGAUGCUAAUUUUAACCCAUGAUCACAUAUUUAGAGCCAGAAGGGAUCUUAGAAGUCAUCUAGUCCAACCCCUCAUUUUAUAGAUGAGGAAACUGAGGCCCAGAGAGGUGAAGUUACUUACUACCUGUUGACCUUGGGCAAGUGACAGAGCCAGGAUUUGAACGCAGGCUGUCUAACUCCAAAUCCAGCACUCUUUCCACUGUGCCACGUCUGAUUCUUUGGAAAGAGUCUCUGUAGGAACUGAAAUCAACAACCACCAUUCAUCAAAAUGCAGUGGAAUUUAAUACGGACUAUGUCUCAACUGGCAAAUAGAACAUGUUUGGUCUCACAUGGGGCUGGUUCCAUUGGGCACUCUCAGAGCAUAAAAGGCUUACGUAAAGUUUGGCCCAAGAUUGUUUUGGUGCAAGGUCCUCAAAACCAUUGGCUACAUGUAUCUUCUGCACAGCAUGUCUCACAGGAAAGGAAGCCGGUAGAUGUUUCUCACCAUAAACAACAAAAAGAAGAAACUUCAUCAGAGAGGGUUAUAUCAUCUCGUGGCACAGCCGAAGGAAUUCAUGCUGAGAAAAAGGAAGAUCUGGAUCCACUACAAGAUAGAUCUAUUAGUCUGUAUCAGCGAUUUAAGAGAACAUUUAGACAGUAUGGAAAAGUUAUGAUUCCAGUACACUUAGUGACUUCCAGUAUUUGGUUUGGAACAUUUUAUUAUGCAGCCUUAAAAGGAGUGAAUGUUGUUCCUUUUCUGGAACACAUUGGGUUACCAGACAGCAUAGUGGACAUUUUGAAAAAUUCCCAAGGUGGAAAUGCACUAACUGCAUAUGCCUUGUUUAAGAUUGCAACACCUGCCAGAUACACUGUGACUUUGGGAGGAACAUCCAUUACUGUCAAGUAUCUUCGUAGCCAUGGCUACAUGUCAACGCCACCUCCAGUUAAAGAGUACUUUCAGGACAGAAUGGAGGAAACAAAGGAGCUUAUUACAGAAAAAAUGGGAGAAACAAAAGAUAGACUCACAGAAAAACUGCAAGAAACCAAAGAAAAAGUUUCAUUUAAGAAAAAAGUGGAAUAGAAAAUUUUGUGUGCCAGGCCACAGAAAAGUCAUGCACUUUAACCCUCGGGAACCUGUGGACAAAGACACAUUUUCCUGAUUAUACCUUUGGUUGGCGGUCUUGAAAUACUAGUGCUCCAAGGGUUGAAGAACCCAUAAAACCUUUUUUAAAGUUAAAUAUCACUAGAAAAUCAGUGUUUCAUGCAAAAAAAUAUGAACCCUGUGUAUUAAUUUUAUACCAGCAGCAGCAUAAGUAAUGUUUAUUGUUUUAUGUCAUGAUGAUUUUUCAAGUAUCUUUCUUGCUGAUUUUACUGCCUGCUGUAAUGGUGACAGACUAAGCAGUUUACUACUUGUAUAAGAAAUUUCUCUCAUAAAAAGGUUGGUCCUAUUGGGAUCAUGAUCUUCCUGUUAUCCAUCAGUUAGACUUUUAACCAUAAUCAGUUCUCAACAUGGAGAGCUAUUAGCACCGUUGUUGCCAGUGAAUAAGUGUAUUUUUUUAAUUGUCUCUCAAAAUCUCAGAAGUCUUUCACUAUUAAAAAAAUAGCAAGAUGAAGCCAUCCUAAUAACUACCUACCAGUUGAAACUAAUUUUAUAUGAAGAAGUUGAAUUAAAAUUGAGACUAUACAUGUGAUAAAAGCGAGAUGUACUGAUAAUCUAUAAAUGACUAAACAAAUUGACAUUUUAAAAAUAUUUUUGCCUAAAAUCACUGUGUCAAAUUUUUCAAAGUACAUGUCUGUAGUUCCUUUUUAAAGAUUUAAGUUGGUAGCUGUCACCUAGAACAUAAAAUUUUUUCUUUAAAUGCA